AUGGCUAAGCCAUGGACAGUAUCUGUAAGAGGGGAACUUUUUGUUGCAGGAAAUAAUCUCACCAAUGAAGGAACAGAACAGAAAUCUCAGAAACACACAGAAGUGCUAAGUCCAGCUACAACAGAUGACUCGUUCCAGGACUCGAGUCGGGAUACAAAUAUGCACCGGGUAACUUUUUCCCCAAAUGAAGAAUGCAGCAAAAUACUUCCAUAUAAAGAAGGAAAUUUAAAUGCACCAUGUCCAAACGAGAAUGAAGGUGAAUGUGCUACUCUCAUUCUGGCGUGCUUGUUUUGCCAUUUUUGCGACUUUCUUCUUAUGCUACCCAACACAUGUGAGAAUCUGUUUACAAACCUAUGCUGUCCUUCAAACAGAUAUCACCAUACGUCUGAGUCAGAACAGAGCAACAAUGACCGUGACGGCAACUGUGACUGUGAAUGUGGUUUAUUUGAUGCGUGCCAAGAGUCAAGUGACUGUCUAGAGUUAGCCAUGGAGAUUUCGGAAGUCUGUUAUCACUGA